CUCAGUGAAUCCAAGUUAAAUAUUAGCCGAGAGGUUGCGUUGAAUUUUUUAAAUUUUUACUAAAAUAACAGCUAAUUUAUAUCAAAAUGACCGAAGAAGUCAGUCCAAAAGCAUUCCCGCUUGCUGAUGCUCAACUCACGGCGAAGAUAAUGAACUUAUUGCAGCAAGCGCUAAACUACAAUCAACUCCGGAAGGGAGCCAACGAAGCCACUAAGACCCUUAAUCGGGGACUUUCCGAUAUUAUUGUAAUGGCUGCUGAUACAGAACCAAUCGAAAUCCUUUUGCAUUUGCCCUUAUUAUGUGAAGAUAAAAAUGUUCCCUACGUGUUUGUACGUUCCAAGCAGGCAUUGGGACGUGCAUGUGGCGUAUCUAGACCAAUUGUAGCGUGUUCGGUUACAACAAAUGAUGGCUCACAGCUAAAAUCGCAAAUCCAAUCAAUUCAGCACGAAAUUGAAAGACUUCUAGUUUAAUGUGAUAAACCAUGUAUUCAAACUAAGAUGUACAAAUAAAAUAUACUUUGUGAAAUAAAAAUAUCUCUCAUAAAAUGAA